AUCAUAGUCGAGAGUCGAGAGUCACAUGCUCUGGUGAGCCCUCCUGAAAUCAGUCAGUCUCAGUAAUUCUCAGUUUGUAUUUGAAGCACUCGAAGGCAAGCGAACGUUUUUCAUUGUUGAUACAAGGGAGCCCCCGAAGAGAAGAUGAGUCGCCACGACAAUGUCGUAUGCCGGGGAUGCAGCAAGGUGGGGUUCUCAGGUCGCUGCUACCGCUGCUUGAGCUGCCCGAACUUCGACAUCUGUGCGGACUGCUAUGACCUGGACUUCACCACAGAGAGCCAUCUGUUCGACCAUCCGGUGAAGUGUGUGUACACCCCGGCCGAUGUGGAGCUCUACUUCGAGGGGGAGUACAUCAGCAGCGACCCCCCGCAGAGCUACAGGUGCCCCUACUGCAAGCUCUGGGGCUUCAACGAGGCCACCUUCCUGGAGCACAUCUCGGGGAUGCACCCCACCGCCAGCCCCCUGCUGGUCUCCACCAUGAUCACCUUGUUCGAGCAGCAACAGGCCUCCCGCAUGUUCCUCGAGAACGAGCAGCUGGCCUCCAUGGCGGCGGCGGCGAACUCGCGCAACGAGCAGAUGAACCACACUGAGGGCACCCUGGUCCUCCGCCUGGUACCGCUCAAUCCCGAUGGCAGCUACCCGAGGGCGCUGUCAUCCAAAACACAGACGUUCAUUGGCGCUGCGGCCAGGGAUGGACCGCUCCUGCUACGCCGGCCCGCACCUGCGUCAGAGGAGUCCCCAGAUGUGACCACUCGUGGAGGAGUGUCCGUCAGACGGCGAAGCGGUCCCAGUGCCAGUGCAGGAUUGCGCUUCAAUAUGCGCACUGUCGAUCACGUGAAUCUGGCCCAGCCAAGCUACGCAUUACGGUCCCCAGCGAAUGGAUCCCAUCCGGUCCCGGCCCCACCCACCUCGCCGUCUACAGGCCAACAUCGCAUGACGAGCGACAUGACGCGCUACAAUGGGACCACCCCGCUGCCAACCAGCCGAUCCAGUCGGGCCAGGAACCCAUCUUCUUCCCAUAGCCCUAUGUUUCAGAGCGGCAUCGCCAUCGCUGGCCACCGCCCAACCACCGACCAGUCACAUGGCGCGCGAUUCUUUGGCCGACCAUCAGCUCGGGACUUCUUCCUUGCCGAUCCCCCUAUGAUGGAUCAGUUCCGUGGGUCCGGGUUCGGCGUGUCCCACGAGACGACUGCUUGGCCAGCUUUCAGCGCAGCAUCACCGAUGUUCGGCAACCACGGUCCACUCGUUCCGGCGCCACGUGACUUGGGGGCCAACACACUGCCCCCCGAGGACCGUGACGUCCUCACCCAGAGCUUGAACGAAGCCCUGAUCCAUAGCCUGAUAGCCUCUAUGGAGAAGCCGCCCCCACAGGAGAAGCGGGACACCCGGUACCUCUGCAGUCGAUUUUUUUCGCACGCCACGCUGGAGUCCCCCGCGCAGAACGCGUUCCUUGCCCAUCGGGCCGAGUUUGUGUCCCAGCUCCUGGCCUCGACACUGCACGAGGAGGAGCCGCCUGAGGAGCUUAGUACCGACGAAGCCGACGCACAGGAGCCUGCCACACACGCACCACAGAUGAAAGCUCACCCGAGUAGCGAUCUCGCUGCAGCCGUAGCCGAUGCGGACAUAUCCCCGCGCUGAGCGGUCUCAGCUCCGAUCUGUCCAGUGCAGCAGUUUUAUAUUUUUAAGAUUUUUAAAUUUCCAGUUUUGUUUUCGUGUUAACUCCACGCCCCGAGCCGAGGCCAGUAAAUUUGUACCGUUUUAAAGUGCUUUUAGGAUC